AUGCUCUUGCGAAGUAGUGGAGUAGUGGAGCUAAAGAACAAAUCUCUGCAACAGUGUGAAACCCUCGACUUCCAUGUUUUCUUCAAUGAUCUUUUAGACAAUGAUUUCAAUACUCUCUUCAAAUCCCUUCCUUCACCCCGGAGAUACUUUGCUGCAGCUGUACCUGGCUCUUUCUACGAGCAAUUAUUCCCCAAAGCUAGCCUUCAUUUGGCAAAUUCUUCUUAUGCACUCCAUUGGCUUUCCAAGGUUCCAAAAGAAGUUGGAGAUCACAACUCAUUGGCAUGGAACAACAGCAAGACAUAUUGUUCGGGCACCAACAAAGAGGUCACAGAGCCAUAUUUUGCUCAGUUCAGGAAAGAUCUCAACAGAUUUCUGAAUGCAAGAGUAGAAGAACUUAAAGCCGGCGGCCUUUUGGUGAUUCAAUUACCCGAUUGUGUUCCGAGUGGCGCCCUUCCCUUUAAUACUGGGGCAGGGUUCCUCCAAGAGCUGUUAGGAUUAUGUCUUUUUGAGAUGGCCUACUUGGGAUUUAUCAGUCAAGAAAAAGUGCAUUCAUUCAACUUGCCAAUGUACUUUCCAUCAAUUGAAGAAUUGGACCAGGUUAUAAAAGCGAAUGGCCAUUUUAGAGAUGAAAGAAUAAAGAUAUUGGAUCACCCAAUGCAGCACUUGCCUUUUGAUGCAAAAAUGAACAGACCAGAUCUAUCUGUGAGGGCUUCAUCAAAGAUCAUUUCGAAACAGACAUUGUGGAUCAGGUGUUCGAUCUAUUUGCUAAGAAACUUGAAGAGAAUUGCUCAAUCUUUGAUCAAGAAAUUCGCAAAGAUGCUGACCUAUUUGUUCUGCUAA